GUUGAACACGAUGCACAUCAGAACCACACCAGUCCAGUUUCCCAUUUUAUCUCGACACCGCUGGUACGAACCCUUCCUUCAAGAUGACGAUGGAUAUUCCCAUGCUGGCGCCUAAUGCCUUUUUUCUCUCCUGCCAUGCUCUUCUCCUUAUCCCCCAGAUUUUUCUCGGCAUUAGGCACAAGACCUGGGGGUUUCUGUUCGGCAUGUUCUGCGGCCAUGUUCUUGAGAUUAUCGGAUACGCCGCCCGAAUACAGAUGCAUGAUGGAAAAGACCAGUUUGUGGUGUAUAUUGUCUGUCUGACAAUUGCUCCGGCCUUUUUCAGCGCCGCGAUUUACCUCUGCCUGGCCCGAAUCAUUGCCGUCUACAGCGAGAAACUUUCCCGCUUCAGCCCCCGUACAUACACGAUUACCUUUAUGAUAUCCGACUUCGUCGCUCUGAUUCUGCAAGCUUCAGGAGGUGCCAUUCUUGGAGGAAAGGACCAAAGCACGACGGAUGCUGGUCUUGCAAUCAUCAAAACUGGACUGGCAGCACACUUGGUUGCCAUUGCCAUCUUUGUUAUGCUAGCAGCCGAAUAUGGUUUCCGGGCAUACCGGCACCAAGACCAAUGGGACUACAAGUUUUCCGCCUUGCACAGGUCCCGAGCAUUUUUGCUCUUCCUGAUUGGGCUUGUGAUCGCGACGCUCUGCAUCUUGAUCCGAACGUCAUUUCGAAUGGCCGAGCUCCAGAACGGCUUUCACAGCGGGCUAGCCAACAAUGAGGCGGCUUUCAUCGCACUCGAGGGCGUUAUGAUCGUCCUCGCCGCUAUUAGCUUGGCCAUUUUUCAUCCUGGUCUUGCUUUUCAGGGACGUUGGGGAGAGGCGGACUUUCAGCUUCGGAAGGACGGCAAAGGGCAAUCAUUUGAGAAGACCGAUUCAGAUCCCGUGCCUCUUACCUCUGUGUAAGUCAUGCCAAGUCUUAGUCAAGUUGGAUAUUUCUCGUGCGGGUUACAUAAGAUCUGGGUGACUAGGUAACCAGGUAGAUAGAUAGAUAGGUUUAGGGGUUUUCUUUUUCUUUUUUCUUUUAAUUAGAUCACAUGAUAAAGUUGUUACACACUUACCGUGACCUUCUGCUUUCAAUCUUAAUCUUAACC